AUGACCUGGGUCGAGAAACGACUGGAGUUGGUCAAGCAAGUUUCCCACAGCACACACAAGAAGCUGACCGCCUGUCUGCAGGGUCAGCAGGGUGUGGACGUGGACAAGAAGUCUGUCAGGUCGCCCUCGAAAAAGCUUCCUCUUACAACACUUGCACAAUGUAUGGUGGAGGGGGCGGCCGUGCUGGGGGACGAGUCUCUCCUGGGGAAGAUGCUGAAGCUCAGCGGCGAGACGCAGGAAAAACUGGCUCAGGAGCUCAUCGCGUUCGAACUCACCAUCGAGAAGGAUGUGAUCGAACCGCUAUGUGACCUAGCAGAGGUGGAAAUCCCAAACAUCCAGAAACAAAGGAAACAUUUAGCAAAACUGGUCCUGGACAUGGACUCUGCUCGCACAAGGUACUACCAGUCUAACAAAUCCUCGGGACUAUCCAGCAAUCUGCAGCCAACAGGAGCCAAGGCCGACCACCUCAGGGAAGAGAUGGAGGAGGCAGCCAACCGCAUGGAGAUCUGUCGAGACCAGUUAUCAGCCGACAUGUACAAUUUUGUGGCCAAAGAAAUAGACUAUGCAAGCUACUUCCAGACAUUGAUAGAAGUCCAGGCAGAGUACCACAGGAAAUCAUUAGAGCUGCUUCAGAGUGUUUUGCCGCAGAUCAAAGCUCAUCAGGAGACCUGGGUGGAAAAACCAUGCUACGGGAAACCAUUAGAGGAGCACUUAGCGCUCAGCGGGAGAGAUAUCGCCUUUCCUAUUGAAGCCUGUGUCACUAUGCUGCUGGAGUGCGGCAUGCAGGAGGAGGGUUUGUUCCGAAUCGCUCCUUCGGCCUCCAAGCUGAAGAAGCUGAAGGCGUCUCUGGACUGCGGCGUGUUGGACGUCCAGGAGUUUUCUACGGACGCACACGCCAUCGCAGGCGCUUUAAAGUCGUACCUGCGCGAACUCCCCGAGCCACUGAUGACCUUUGAGCUCUACAAUGACUGGAUCCAGGCCUCCAACAUCCAGGACCAGGAGAAGAGGCUGCAGGCUCUGCUGGGCGCCUGCGAGAAGCUGCCGUGUGCCAACAACAACAACUUCAAGUAUUUGAUCAAGUUUCUCUCCAAGCUGACUGAAUACCAGGACGUGAACAAAAUGACGCCUGGAAACAUCGCCAUCGUCCUCGGCCCCAACCUGCUGUGGACUCACGAUGAAGGUAACAUCACAGAGAUGAUGACGACCGUCUCCCUUCAGAUCGUCGGCAUCAUCGAGCCCAUCAUCCAGCACGCCGACUGGUUCUUCCCCGGAGAAAUUGAGUUUAAUGUCACUGGGAACUACGGCAGCCCAGUCCACACCAACCACAACGCCAACUACAGCCUGAUGCCGUCUCCGGACAUGGAUCAGGUGGACCGGAGGCAGAACGACCAGAGCCGGCGGCCGCUGAGCGUCGCCACGGACAACAUGAUGCUGGAGUUCUACAAGAAAGACGGCAUAAGGAAGAUCCAAAGCAUGGGUGUCAGGGUGAUGGACACUUCUUGGGUGUCACGCAGGGGUCCGUCGACGCGUAAAACAUCCUCGACUCCGCCAAACGUGCACCCGUCGACCCCGUCCGCUGACGCUCCCAUCCCCGAGCAGCCUGGGGAUUUCUAUGCGUCCCCAUCCCCCACCCCUCCUCCCACUAGCAGCGACCGAGCCAGCUCAGACGAUGCUUCUUCCAACUGGUCCGACUCCUGUUACGUCUAUCCCUCCCCCGAGGAGGAGCGACCGCCUCCCCCUUAUCCCUCCUUCUGUUCCUCCUCCUCUUCCUCCUUUUUCUCCUCCAACUCGUUCCCUCACCACUAUAGCUACACCCGAGCACUGCAGAGUAUGCGUCCCGCCGCUCCCACCCCUGAGUCCGUCGUGCCGCCCGGCCCGUCCCCUCCGCCACGCCUAGCCGGAUGCAGCCCGCCCCCGCUGCCCUUCUCCCCGUGCCCGUCCCCCCAGCAGCUUGACGUCAACUCCAACCCCAAACCUAAUUCUCUGCACCUGCCCAAACGGGCCUCCCUGCCCGACACCAUGCAUGCGACCCCGUCCGAAACGAAUGGCUCCACCCUUUACAUCAAACCCCCGCUCGUUCUUACCCGUCAAGACCUGUUCCUGGGCUCCCCUAAAACUCCCAACGCCCCUCUUUCUGCUCCCCCUCCGUGGGCAGCCUCUGCCUGUAGCCGGGAGAAAGGAGCCAAGCUGAAGAGCACUCUGAAAAACAAAGAGCUGUCUCCGGUGAUCGGACAAAAGGGACUCCAAGGAGUAGUGACCCCUAGUGGACAGUCACAGCACUCUGAGCACAGCCCACACAGCCUGAGGAGAGCCAAGAAGCUUGCCCCUAUCCCCCCAAAAGGCCCUUACUGCCAGACAGGAGCCAUGUCAGACCAGUCGACAGGUCAACCGUCUCCAGUCAGUCUGUCGCCCACCCCUCCCAGCACACCCUCCCCUUACGGCUUCAGCUACCCACAGGGUUAUGCCACCAUUGGUUCCCCGAGCCAGUCCCAGAUGGCAACCACCCCAUCUCUGUCUUCUCCGCCCUCGCUGGCAGGUACGCUCACCAAGCCCAGACCAACCCCUAAGCCUCCACGCCAGAGGCCCAACCUGCCUCCGCCUCAGCCCCCCUCCACACCCGGCACCAGCCCCCAGCCUCUGGAGCAUUCAUCCGGUCUCCUGGACGGUUUACCCCCUGGGGAAAGCAUGUCCACAGAUUCCCUCUGCAACUUGGACAUCCCCGUCAUCAACAUGGAGCUGGACAGCAUCUUCGACUUGACGCACAUCUCCCCCUUCAGGAACUCGGAGGCGCUUCCGCUGUCGCCAAAAAGCAAAGCAGACUCUGAGGAGGAGUCCGAAAGCACAGUGCUAUGACCCUCAACAUCACAUCGCGUCCCAUACCUCGCCCGCCCUGGGUCCAGAGGAACCCACAUGUGAAAACAAGCGCCUCUCCUCAAGGAGCUUUCCAUCUCAUCCACGAUUAGCAUUUUACAGUUUCAUUUCCUGGAUUAUUUUAAGAUUUUUUAUUUUUUAUUUUUUGCCUUAUUUAAAUCACAUGCAAUAUUGCCUUUAACGCCACGCAGGAGGCUGUCUGGAUGCUGGAGGAAUGGGAGUUCCUUGCUGCCGCCGCUGCUGCUGUGUAAUGAGUGACGCAACAUCACCGCUCGUUUCCCACACCGAUUCAUUUUACCCCUUCACUCCCCUCUCACUCCUCAGGGGUGUCCGUCUGAAAUGUCUCGCUCGUGUAGUUCUGUCCAGCCUGAGCGUUCACUGUGAGUGUCAGUAUGCGUGUGUGUGCGUGCGUGUGCGUGUGUGUGUGCGUGCGUGUGCGUGUGUGUGUGUGCGUUUUGCUAGUGUGUGACGUGACAAUUGUACGACAUGAUGUUGCACUGUUGGUGUCGUAGAGCAAAAGCAGGAGUGCAUUAUUUUAGACCAGUAGGGCUAGUAGUAUGUGCUUUUCUUUAAAAACAACAACAAAAAAAUGACAUUCAGUUAGGAGAUCAGACACUGGAUAUUUAUUGUUUAUACAAUAUAUUUUCAGAGCAUAUGAGAUAUUCACAAUAGGGAUCCAAUCAGAUCAUAUUUUGUAUGAAGAGGAGAGUUAUAUAGGGGACAUUUUCACUUUUAAUGGAUGCAGGCAGGGAGCUUGGAAAUGUAUGACAUGCACACUGUAGUUUAUGAAAGAUGGAGAAAUUCAGACUGAUUAUUUUGGCAGCAGUCAAAGCUGUGUGGGACCUUUUUAUAUUUCAUUCCUCAGCCUGGAGAAGGUUUGCGAUGACAUGGAUGUGUAGGACUGGUUUUAUGACGCCUGGACUUUCCAACAAAGCUGCUGCAGUGCUAGAGCGGGACGCUGCUACUCCACUUCCACUGUGGGAGAAAACCCCACCGUCUCCGUGACGUCGUCAGACAUGUACUCCAAGAACACAUGGGAAGAGGAAAGAAAAUGACGCCCGAUUUCAAAUGAGUUAACAAAAUAACAGCUCAGCAUAAACGCAGCUGUUCUGUGAAGGUUUGUUAGAGGAUAUUGAUGAAAUCUGGCUUUGAUUGAAGAGAACCAGAAAGAAAAACACGAGGAGACUGGUUUCCAGAAUCUGUAGUCAGAUGAAAUCCAAACUUUUUCAUAAAAAAAACAAAAAAAAACAAGUGAGGUGUGAAUCUGUCGAUGUACAUCUUCUUGAACACCUGUUCCCGUUCAUGCUUUGCUUCAGCAGAGAGAGAAAAGCUGGUCAGAUCUGACUGGAAAGCAGGGUAGACGUAAAAAAGAAAAAAAGUAUUCCUCCAGGAAGCGAUCGUUUCUCAAUAGCUGAGGGUCCAGACCCUCUGUACGAAGCAAACCAUACAAACAGGCGACCUUCCAACGCAACAUGAAACCAGAUCUAUAAAGGAUUUGUUUAGCUCUAAGUAAAUCUUUGCUAAAACGGCGCAGUCAGACUGAGGAUCGAUCUUCACGGACUCUCUCCGUUCGAUCUGACUGAGUUCGAGUCUCUGGCAGAGAGCCUAAAAUACUGCAACCGCAGUGAAACGUGGCUCUACAAAGGCAUGUCUGAACUUUACAGAUUUUGUUUAUUAGUAAAAUGUUUCAGAUCCAUGCAUCAUUCUCCUUCCACUUCAGCUAUGUGGAUGCUUUUCCGAGGCGUUGCGUCAUGAGUGCAGCCGCCUGCAUCAUGAUUACAUUUACACUGCAACAGAUUUUCCCAGUUCUAACAAGUCGAGCGCUUUGGGUGGAAGAUAAUGGGGGUUUUCACCCAGUAUGAAGCUGGUACAGCUGGUUCUAUAAAAACGCAGCUCUUUAGCUACAUCAUCUUAAACCAUCUCUGCAGUGGAUGCUUAUCCUGCUGCAGCAAGAUAACAAGCAGCAGCAGCAGCUUAGCACUGGAACCAGUUUGUGUUAUGUUGCACUCCAGGCUUCAUAUGAGAAAUAAACCAAGCAGUCUGUUGUCAUAUCAUAACCAAAAAAAAAAAAAAAGACAGAUCUGAAGCACCACCAGAAAGAAAAUGUGCUGUAUUUUUAUGAAUAAGCACAUCUUUUUUUCUUUUUUUUUCAUCACAGUGCCAUUACACCUGCAGUUCCAGUUUAUAGGAAACUCUGAUGAUGCUGAUAUUUUUUUGGGAGUUUUACUGGUGAUCCAGAGGCAAGUGCAAAGAUAUCUGUAUAUUUGUUUAUUUUGAUGAGAGUAUUUAUAGAUAUACGUCUGAGUACGGUUUACUUGGUGUGAGGAGCUGUGAGUAUUUGCGCUUCACGUGAAUCUUGUCUGAGGAUUUAAGAGGGAAAAAAAAAUCACAUAUUCAGACACAGGACCAGAUUUUUUCUGCUGCCGCAUUAAAACUUGAAAAUCAGUCAAACUGAUGUAACGAGGUUAGGAACAGCAGCAGUUUGCCUUGCGGAGGGUUUCGUCGCGACCUAUCCGACCUGUAGGACCUUUAGUUUCUGUCCUGAGAACGUCCACUGUGCUGCUCUGCCAUCGCCUCUUGGUUAAGUGCAAAGUCACGAAAUCGCAGGACUUUUGUAAAUCUCGACGCGUCUGUACAUAUUUGUUCUGUACAUAUGGACAACGGGAAGAGUCGGAUAUAUCGAUAUCGAAAUCUAUUCACAUUUACUGAAAACUAAACGCGCUGUACAUAUAUGAUUAUAAUGUUGGUGGUUGUAGCACAAUAAUGUCACAUUUACACAUCAGAUGUUGGCUUCUCUUUUCUACAGGCGUAGUGUUUGUGUUGCAAACUUCCUGACCUCUCAGUAGAUUUAUAGGUAGAAAAAACAGACGACGCCACAUCUGUUUUUGUCUUUAGCUGCUUGCUCUGACAUGAUGCAGCACGACGUUUAACUGGAUGAUACUCAAGUUAUUUCAGCCAUUUUGUUUCUUUACAUUUGAAUGUGUACAUUUUAGUUCUAAUUAUUUACACUACUUGACAGGAGAAACUGCACCUGUGAUCGUGGGAUGGGUCAUAGCACCCGUCAGCACCUGCAGAGCUUCAAUUUACAUUUUAAUUCCACCGAUAAAGGGAGUCCAAAUGGUUACAAGAUAAAAUACAGUUUCCAUAAAUCAACCAGUGAAGAGCAGAUGUAAAACAUGACAUAGCAUUUUUAUUGAAUCAACACUUAAAGGUUCAUUUAUCUUACAGUUCAGUUCAGAGAGACAGUUUGAAAUAGUUCAGCUGUUCAUGGCUGUCAGUUUCUCCAUCGUGGUUUACUGUUAAUGAAAACCUCAAAUUCUGUUCUGUUCUCAGAAAAUUAUAAUAAUACAACAGAUCAAUAAAAAAAAGGAUCAAAAGGGUUACUGUUUUAGAUACAACUCAGUGUGGCUCUUUUCCUUCCACUCAACUUUCCAUGAAUGUGCUUUGCUUACAGGACUCUGCAUAUAAUUUAUAAUUUUUUUUACAGCCCCAGCGUUGUAAAAAAUUUUUACAACCCCAGCUUUUGUUUUAACUCCCUAGUGGCCCGUUAUAUUUUAUGUUUUGAAUCGUUUUUAAUCUGCUGCCAUGUCACAACCGAUCAGAUCCACCAGAUGAAUUAGCAUAAUCCAGCAUUAAUAAAGUAGUUUAUAAUUACUAGGAGAAAAACAAAGAAAUAACUUAGCAGCCAUUGUAGUUGGGCUGAGGUCUAUCUGCCCCCGCUCUGUGUCGUUUCCUGGUUCACCUGCGUGUUUUUUACCAAAUGAUUUCAGAGCACAUCAAACUCCACAUCCCACAUAGUUUUCAGCUUUUUGAGCACUGAUAUAUAUAUAAAUAUAUAUAUAAAAGCCUUUUUCUACACAAACAGGUGGAAUGUACAAACAAUAUUCACCUCAGAGGUUGCGACGGAAGCAGACGCGUGCGCGUCGUCCACGUAGUUUCAUGCGUCAGACGCAUCAUGAGCAGUUUUGUGGGACGAACUUCAACAUUGUCUUUUGUGCAUUGUCUCUACAGCAUGCUUUUUCACCACGCCUAUGAAACACGUCUUAUAUUUGGUCCUAUCUAAAUGUGCUUGUAUUUAUUUUUGAUGAGAGAAAAGAUCAGGCUUUCAAGAAGUAACGGUCAGCGCUGCCCUUUGCCCUUUUCUUUUUUUAGCGAAACUCCUCGUCAGUUCUCAAGUUAUUCAGACGUUUACUCCUCAUAUGUUCCACCUUGUCAUGAAAAAGCAAAUCGGCUUAAAACAGAGACCGAGAUCCUUUAAAAAAAAAACAACAACCCUGUUUAGUACUGGACUUUAAUCUACUGGAACGCUGUAUAUCCUAGAAUAAUCCAGUUUAGUGUGUAGAUUACACUGUGGUGCAUGCAGUCAUUGCAGCCAAAAUACUUAUUCUUUUUCUUUCUUUUUUUUUGUUUCAUUUUGCAAAGGUUCAAGUUAUACGUUAAGGAGCCAAACUGAAACGGAAAAAAAACAACAAAAAAAACAUUUGAUCCAAUCUUUGUGUUAAACUGUAGUGAUGCUGUUGACUCUCAAAGUCUGGAAUAAAAAAAGGAAAUUACAUUUCUUUUUAAAAAAAAUCUUCUAUCUCUUGGUCACCAAGUGGAAUUCAGUGUAAGACGGGAAAAAAUUUAAAGAUUAAUCAUCCGAAUGUUGAAACUAUUAAACCUGUUUUUAUAUUAA